CGCAGCGCAGUUGACGGAUCAGCUGUGUUUGUUCACACGGAGUUAGCUGCUGCUAGUUUUGCGCAACAUGGCAGAACACUCAUCAGGUGCUUCACGGUACAGUGUUCUUUUAAAGCAGGUGUGUCCCGGUGCUCGGGCGUAUUCACCCGGUUAAAGGCUAGCUAACUUCAGCGGGCUAACGAGCAGCCUCGGAGCUAGCGUUAGCUUAGCGAACCGAGAGCGAGUUCCUGUUUAAUCAACAAAUCGGUUCUAGUGCUAUUUAAUGUGUUAUUUAGAGGCUGUACUGUGGAUGCCCCGAUCACUUGCGUUGUGUGGAUAUACGCAGAUCACGUGUGGAUCUAAAAGUGACUCCAAACCUUCAUGGAUGUGAAACAGACUCUCAGGCAGCGACCGGACAUUUCUCAGUAAUUAUCCUGUGAGGCGAUAAGGACACGCCCGGCUGGAUCUUCUCCUCUGCGGACGCCGAGUGUGUGCACACGAGCUGCCGCUCACUUCAGGACUGCAGGAGGAAACCUGCGGCCUCUCUGGAGGACGACAAUCAGGAAACAAUUUCCUGGAGUUAUCGUUUUUAUAUAUACGUUGGAUUAAGGAAGACAUCUGGAGACGUGUGGGUGGGGAGCGGCCCUGCGUGCUGAGGGAUGACUGGGUAAAAGCUUCCAGCAGUGGUUUGCUCUCUUGUGGCUUGAACUCACUGCAGGUGUGAUCGACUUUAUUUCCCCGAGAGGACGAGGAGAACUCCUCAUAUUUCACCUCUGAUCUCUGCAGCACCUGCUCGAACUUCUUCAGAGGUCACAUCUUCUGUUUGGGAUCUGGUUCGUCCUCGUUCAUGAUCUGAGUUUCCCCUGCUGCUCGGCUGAGGGGUGAGGGAGAUCAGAGGGCGAGGAGGGUUUUUCCUUUAAGAUUGGAGAAGGAGCGAGGGAGGCAAAGAGGGGAGGGAAAGAUAAACAGGCGGUUUAAGGCUGUAAACACGUCCUGUCCAGAAUCUCUCCUCUAAACACGUCGAGGAUAAAUCAACGCAGGAUUCAUCUGAGGACACUGAGCUUCCUGGACUCUGGACCUGGAUGAAGUCUUGAUUCUAGAGGAGAAACCACAGUGAUGGCCUCAGUCGUCUCCUGCAGCUUCUCCUGUCUCUGCACCAAAAUGAAGAGGCAGCACUCGAGCAUCAGCGGCGGCCUCCUCCACCGCAGGACCCUGCUCCUCUUACCCCUGCUCCUCCUGCUCUCCCUGUGGAGCCAGCAGGCCGAGGCCGUGGUCCACUCCAGCUUCCGGCGGCUCAGCGGCCGCGAGAAGAAGGAGAUGCAGAAGGAGAUCCUGUCCAUCCUGGGUCUGCCCGGACGACCCAGACCCCACCCGCCGCUGCGUCCGCCCUCCUCGGCGCCGCUCUUCAUGCUGGACCUCUACCACGCCAUGUCAGCUGACGGGGAGGACGACGGGAAUGAAAUCAUCCUGAACGCAGCAGGCAUGGGGAGGUUCGGGGGGGCAGAGAGGUUGGCUCAGGUCAACCACGCAGCCCUGCCCACCCUCAGCACGCACACGCCACCGCUGGGGACGGUGGUCAGCGAGGCCGACACCGUGAUGAGCUUCGUCAACGUGGUGGAGCAGGAGCGUGACCUCCUGCAGCCUCGUCCCUACUGGAAGGAGUUUCGUUUCGACCUGACGCCGCUCCCUCAGGGGGAGACGGUGACAGCGGCCGAGUUUCGUAUCUACAAGACCCUGACGAUGGGUCAGAGGGCAAACAGAACUCUGCACAUCUCCGUCUACGAGAUCCAGCGAGAGAACAGACACAGGGAGCCGGAGCUGGUGCUGCUGGACAUGCAGUCGGUGCCGGCAGGACAGGAGGGCUGGUUGGCCUUCGACGUCACCACGGCCUCCAACCACUGGCUCCUCCACCCGCGCAGCAACCUGGGAAUCCGUCUGUACGUGGAGACCGAGGAGGACCGCUCGCUGUCCGCAGGCUGGAUCGGUUUGGUGGGUCGCAGGGGUCCUCGCUCCAAACAGCCCUUCAUGGUGACCUUCUUCAGGGAGAGCCAGGUCCCGUGUCGGCCGCCCCGCGCUGUAAAGCCUCACCCCCGCAGGAAGAAACCCAAAUAUGACCUCCCAGUUCCCAGCAUUCAUAAUCGGAGUCCUGCAAACAACGGAGGUCAGCCGUGUAAAAAACACGAACUGUACGUCAGCUUCAGUGACCUGGGAUGGAAGGACUGGGUUUUGGCUCCGACCGGAUACUCGGCCUACUACUGUGACGGAGAGUGUUUCUAUCCUCUGGGCUCCUGCAUGAACGCCACCAACCACGCACUCAUCCAGCAAGUGGUUCACCUCCUGAAGCCGGAUGAGGUUCCUAAAGCGUGUUGCGCUCCCACCAAGCUCAGCCCCAUCUCCGUCCUCUUCUACGACGACAAAAACAACGUCAUCCUCAAGAAACAUCGGAACAUGGUGGUGAAGACCUGCGGGUGUCUAUGAUGACAGGUUCCAAAACUAAACCCAGCCUCAGACUCUGAUUCCACUGUGCCGGGAUCACUUUGAUCCCUUUGAUCACUUUGAUCCGCCGGACGUGGACGUGACACGUUGAAGUUCAGAUUUUUACUGAAAAGCUUUCACACGUUUUCAAGAAAUUUGUUCCCAACUAUUAAUUUUCGAUCCGUCCUCUCGCUGAAUCUAAAUCUCUGAGAUCGACCGUCAGAUUAAAGCUCAGUCCGCUCCACUGUUCGGAGCAAAGGUUGAAGCACGGUGACUUCUCGAGAACAGUUAAAUAUUAACUUCAUCAAACAUUAAAAUGUUUUUUACACACCACUGUUUUUACAAGUUUCAGUUCCGCAGAUGGCAAAUGAUGUAAAACGGCACAACACGCCGUUAGUGAUGCCUGUUUUGUUUUUGUUGUUGCAACAUAAAUCUAUAAGAAGAGAAUAUUCAAAUGUAUUCAACUAAUAAACAUAUUUACAUUAUCUUAA